CUGAUAACUGUUGCUCUUUGACUCGGUUAGUUUGGUCUCCUUCAGGUCGCUCGAGUCGUGAUUCACUUCCAGAAACGAGCAGCUGCUGAAGUUGCCCCUGUGGCGUCAUAACGCGGCUCGGUGACGUCACGAGUAAAGCGGGCGCGGGUCAUAGGCGCGCGAGCCGAUUCAACGUUAAAAGUGUCCCUCUCAGCAGCCAUGUCAGACUUGACCGACUCUCUGGUAGACGUCUCCAGCGACAGCUUCUGGGAGGUGGGCAACUACAAGCGGGCGGUGAAGCGCGUGGACGAUGGGAACCGGCUGUGUAACGACCUGAUGAACUGUCUGCACGAGCGCGCGCGCAUAGAGAAGAGCUACGCCACGCAGCUCACCGAGUGGGCCAAGCGCUGGAGGCAGCUGGUGGAGAAAGGGCCUCAGUACGGGACGGUGGAGCGAGCGUGGUUGGCUCUGAUGUCUGAGGCUGAGAAGGUGAGUGACCUGCACAUUGAGGUGAAGGCUGCUCUGAUGGGAGAGGACUUGGAGAAAGUCAAAAACUGGCAGAAAGACGCUUACCACAAACAGAUGAUCGGUGGCUUCAAGGAGACCAAAGAAGCAGAAGAUUGCUUUCGCAAGGCACAGAAACCCUGGGCCAAGAAACUCAAGGAGGUGGAUACGAUGAAGAAGGGCUACCACAACGCCUGCAAGGAGGAGAAAACCGCCACCAGCCGAGAGACUUCAAGCAAGCUGGAGAAUAACAACCCAGAGGCCCAGAAGAAGCUGCAGGAGAAAGUGGAGAAGUGCCAGCAGGAAGUUCAGAAGACGAAGGAGCGCUACCAGAAGUCUCUGGAGGAGCUGGAUAAGGUGACCCCUCAGUACAUGGAGAACAUGGAGCAGGUGUUCGAACAGUGGCAGCAGUUUGAGGACAAGAGACUGUGCUUCUUCAAAGAGCUGCUGCUGAGCGUCAAGCAGCACCUCGACCUCUCCUCCAAUCACAAGUACUCGACCGUCUAUCACACACUGGAAGACACCAUCCAGGCAGCCGACGCUCAGGAGGACCUCAAGUGGUUCCGCUCCAGCCACGGGCCCGGCAUGCCCAUGAACUGGCCUCAGUUUGAGGAAUUGUCCAUGGACUUGAACCGAACGCUCAGUCGACGAGAAACCAAGAGGAAACACACUGAUGGAGUCACUCUGACGGGGAUCAGUCAGACCACAGAACAGACCUCAAAAACCACCGCCAGCAGCAGCGUGGCUGUGCCCAGUAGCUCAGAAGCAGCAUGCUUGAACCCGUUUGAUGAGGAUGAUGACGGUGAGGAUGAGGAUGAGGACGAGCCGGCGCCGGCGGUGGUGGAGCGGCCCAAGAGCAGCCCGGUCGCUGUCAAACGAGAGGAAGUGACCGCGCAAACCGCUGCUGCAGCGGAGAAGACGGCGGCUGACGCCUCUGACGAGGAGGCUGGGAAUCCCUUCGCUAACGCUAAUGCUAAUGCUAACGGCAAUCCGUUCGAGGACGAGCCGUCUUCCCCGGAGCUGUGCGUGCAGGUGCGAGCCUUAUACGACUACGACGGACAGGAGCAGGACGAGCUCAGCUUCAAAGCAGGAGAUCAGCUGAUGAAGAUGAGCGAGGAGGACGAGCAGGGCUGGUGUAAGGGACGUCUGAGCGACGGCACCGUCGGGCUCUACCCCGCCAACUACGUGGAGGACCAGUGACCGCGGCCCGCGGCAUGAUGGGAAACACGGCAGUCCUCUGAAGAGCUGGCUUCGUGUGUCACAGCCCAUCAGAACAGACGUGCGCUCAGGGCCAGCUGUAUUUUAAAGAGAUUUUUACCAAUGCUGUUUGCUUUUAGGAACACAGUGGAUGCGGACGGACACGAUGAUUUUAUGGCUCUGACCUCUGACCUCUGCGGCCGUGGAGACUGCGCUGCUGUGUUUGAGUGUGUGUUUAGGAUGAGGGUCGGUCAGCUGGAUCUGGACGUGCACUGGAUGACAUGCUGUAGAGCGCCUCAUAUAUAUAUAUAUAUUACUGAGUGUGUGUGUGUGUGUGUGUGUGUGGCUUCACAAACUCUCCCAGAGCACAGAUGCUGUGAUCACUAUGAGAAUGUUACGGCACAUGAAUGUUGACGUGUGUAAAUAUGAGUCUGACGCCGAGUCUGGUUUCUCUCAGGUGUCGCUGUGUUAAAUGCGGUUGCGGAUGCAGUUCAGCUCAGUUCAGGGUGUGUGUGUGGCCAUGUUUGUUCACAGUCGUUCAGCUGAGUCUUGCUGUUCACGUCAGUGACGCGUUUGCUUUGUUACGUCACAUGACAAACUCAGUUACACACUUUAUUGGAGUUUAUUCACUUUUGUAUAUUGUCAAGCUUACAAUAAAUGAAUUGGUUACA